GGACCAGAAGUUGCGAAUAAGAUGCUAGCGUCAGUGUUGUGCUCGGGUGUCAGUUGGUCUACGGUCAAUUAACUGAUAGGGUAGCCAAUAAACUAACCAAAUGAAAACUUUAUUUAUUACUUCUUAUCAAUGUAUGUUUUUUGUGUAUAAUUUCAGUUAGAUAUUAAAAUAGUGAAUAACUUUGUAAAAUCAAUUACCCUUAAAUGUUUAUAACUAUUAACAUGGCUAACAACCGCCACUAGCUAGGCUAAAUUUGCUAAAUAAACACCUGUGAAUGUCACUGAGAAUUACUUUAUCAUAUUUUAUUAUUGAAGUAAAAAGUUGCCUUUUACUCUAUUUUGUGUGAAAUAAGGUUAUAAUGUAGUCUAACUGUUGUGUUUUACCUUCUUUGAAUAGCCUGCUACAGAAGUAUGUCACUGCACUGAGUGAAACGUCGCGCUGUCCUCCUGCUGUAGUCUGCAUCACUCUGGCUCAUUUGGUGGAAGGAAAAAAAAGGGUGACGCCAUUGUGCACUGAAUGGACCCACUGAUCCAAAAAGAGCAGUUUUUGUCAUGUAAAUUGGCAAAGAGUUGGACAGACUGGACCCAGUGUGAAGUGCAGAGCAGGGAUCUGAAAGUGGAGACAUUCCUGUCAGGCUUUCCUGAGUUUCCAAAAACUUCUGCCAUCAAACUUACAUUGAGAGGAUUUGUUUUUGUGUCCUAACAGCCUGUGUGGGGAGUGCUGCUCUGUCUCUGCUGCUAAUGAGUCCAGGUCGCUACAGAAGCAGCCCUUUCACAGUAAGUAAUGCCUCCAGUCAUCAUUUUCAAGUUUGCAAUGGCAGAUAGUUGGAUGGGAUUGAUGCAAAGGAUAACUUCAUGGUCCACAGCGUAAUGUACAUGUUUCAGGUGGUUAAUAAACAACAAUAUCUCACUUUUUACUGAACAUAUGUAGUUCAUCCUUCUAAUUGUGGGCGGCACCAAAGCAAGGUUGUAAAUCAUUGGCCUUUGGCCUCAUAGAGGAUAGCUUUAACUCUAAUUACACUUUUCUCAGUUCCUCUGGGCCAGAAGGAUUUUUCCCUAUUAGACUGACACCUCCCUGAUGGAUACCUUUACUAUUUAUCUGUGUUUUCAUGUAAACUGAUGUUACAUAAAAAAAAUAAAAAAAACAUUGAAUGGAGGAAGUGAGUUUUGCAACCAACCCCAGAGGGAAAGCUACACAGAUCAGAUACAUUUGCAAAAUUUGCAAAAUCAUUAGAUUUCACUUUGUUUUUGGUUUUAGUUGAAUUAAUAUGUGUUGUUUACCAACUAUAUUUUGUCUUAUUCACUUUGCUCUUACAAUGUAUUAUUAUCUAGGAAUAUUAAAUGACACAAAGUCUAGUUUAUUAAAAAAAAAGAUAUUAAGAUAUUUAGAAAUAAACAAAUUAUCAAUGAGUUUUAAUUAGGAGUUCUUGCAACUGCUUUAUGGUGGUUUCUUUGUGUGUGUGUGUGUGUGCGUGCGUGCGUGCGUGCGUGCGUGCGUGCGUGUGUGUGUGUGUGUGUGUGUGUGAAGACUGAAAAAUAUACAGUUUAUCUUGCAAUGCAGUUGAUGAACCCCCGACAACUAAUGAGGCCAAGAAACAUAACUUUGAAUGUUGCUGUUAUCUUUCGUGUUCACACUUUGAGUUUAGUUGUGAGAUGCACUCACCAGUUCUUAAGCCACUGCCUGAAUCCAGGACAGGAUCCAAUAAUAGCAAAAUAAUGUAUUUUUGAUAUUUGACCUAACAAGGGGAUGAACACUAACUAACAACUCGAUGUAAAAUAAGCUGGGAUUUCUGUGUAGUUGUUUGGUAUGGUGUGUGUGAUCUGUUUGUCUCUAGUGUUGCACUUGUUGUGUAGAGUUGUUAGAAGGUGGUUGAAGGGUUUUGUCCAAUCAGAGUCAAGAGUCAUCUGGCUGUGUUGAAAACCCAACCAGAUGAUUGGUAAAAAAGCUGGCUUAUUUGUAUCUUCAACAUACUCCUUUGUAUUGAGAUUUUAUCAGCUCAACCUCAUACCAAACAUUUACACACACAUACUCAGACAUGCAUGUGCAUGGUGCUGUUAUGCCACAUCUGCACUUUUCUCAUUGCCCCCUUUUCUGCUUUUGUCAUGACCUCCAAGAGGAAGGAAUGGCUCUGCUUCACCAUUAAUGCAUCUGCAGUUACACAUUACAGACAAGGCUCAAUAGAGGGUGUAAAUAUCCUGAGAAAGUGAUUUACAGCACGCUGAAGAACAAACCUUUGUAGACUUUCUUUACUGCAAAGUCAGAGUUUGACUGAUAAAGACAGCAAGGGUAUAUUUCAUGAAGAAAAAAUACUGUGGCACGUAAGAACAAGAUUCAGCAAAGAGGUGAGAACUCUGUAUUUUGUAAAAGAAGUCAGAAACCCUGCCUGGAAAUCUGUUAUCUUUUCCUUAUGUAUAUGUAACUGUGCAGCCAGGUGUUGAGGAUUCAAAUCAAGCAUUGACUUCUUUAUUCUUGUUAACUCAAGGAAUCCUAACACAAACCAAAAAGAGAUACAGCUCUCGAGCCACUCCCUUUCAGUUCCUCCUCCUCCAUGUUUUGAUGGGCAUCACUGCUAGAGUGUCAGCCAAGGAAGCUGGGAGGGGGACGAGUUGAUUCUGCAGAAGUUUUGUUCUUCUGAAAAGAAGCUAGCCAUUGUAUCAAAGCAGAUCUGGUUGCCAGGGACACGACUAUGUAUGUGUCUGUUCAGACUGCCCAGUGUGGUAUGUACAGUGAGCAGGAACAGGCUGUGUUCGCCUCUGAGUCAUGUUAACUCAUUGGAUCACAGAUUUUAGUCACAGGUACAAAUCUGACUAUGUGUAAAUAAAUGAGGUGUGUGAUGAGGGUGUGGUCCAGUGGCUGUGAUUGCAACCCACACCUGAAUUUUCAAACCAUAAUAUAAAACAGUCUAGGGGUUUAUGCAGUAGACCAAAAAUAUAAUAUGUCUGUUUUAAGGGAUUUUUUGCCAAAUCAAUAAUUGUCAAUAUUUUGUAUCAGUAAAAAUGUGGAAAAAAAACUAACAUGUGUUCAUGAAAGUCUGGUGUUGCACUCAUUCUUAUUAACAGUUUAUCCAGUGAUGUUCAUGAAUAAAAACAACAUAUCGAAGAAGAAAAAGUCUUACAGAUUAACUUAAAACUUAUUCAGUGAAGUAAAUAAAAUACAGAGACGCCGAUUUUAAUCAGAGCAAGUAUGAAGCUCAAACAGUGCAAGUUUCAGCAAACAUUCAAAGUAGUACACAGGAUUUAUUCAGUAGAAUAUUGCACAAAGACCAACAAAAAGUGUUGCAAGAUUUUCUGGUUGGUGAAUAAAUUUCAGAGGUCCAUUUGCUACAAAACAGGUAAAUAUUUGUACCAAAACUGUAACCUCAUAUAAAAUCAUCAUGCUGAGUUUUAGAGCAUUUUCAUGUAGCUGCAGCUUCCCCCCUCUGCCCUUCUGCUGUCUGCAUAUUGGGACUUUAGGGGGUCAAGUUCACAGAAAAACACAAACAUAUGCAAACAAAUGCACAGAAAAUUAAGGUGUGGGUUGCAGUCGCAGUCACUGGACCUCACCCCAUCACAUUCCUUAAAAUUGGACUCACACAGAGUCACAGAGUCUGUAACCAGAGUGAAGCUGUGUCAAAGGUCUGGGCUUUCAAACACCACUGUUUAUCACACCGCAUGUCAGCCACAGUGCUUAAACUGGGCUUUCAGGGUCAAGACUCUUUAACAGAGUAAAGAGUCCAACUAAAGGGCCAUUUCAAUUUUUGUUUUCAGAGAAGCUGGAUAUUUAUUUUCCCUCUGAAGAUGGAGUGACCUGUUUGUAGAUUUUUUAACAAACACAGAUUUUAUUUACUAUUUGAGCAAGUUCAUGUAUGCCGUUCGAUUGUAAACUGACAGCAAGCUCCCACUAGUCAGUAUAAGAAGCAUUUGUCCCUCAUAAUUAGACAAUGAUCGCAAUAUAGGGAGGUGUGGUGAUGUGCCUGUGGACUGGAAAGCAUCGCUGAGAGAGAGGAAAGAGAGAGAGAACAGGAGCAGGAAACUGUUCAGAUUAAGAGAUUAAUGUUAUUUUAUGUAUGAAGUAGUAUCAAGCAUGAGUUGCUGUGUGGGCUCCAUCAUAAAUCGGCUCCCAUGGUGAACAAAUUUGUGAUUACCGAUUACAAUCCAUGUGUAUUAAGGGCCACACGUAUUAAGAUGUUUUGCCUUUUACACAAAAUCUCUGAAUUUGUUCUAUUUUUUCUCAUGUUUAGAUUUUAUGUUCAAAGGCAUCUGCCUAUCGUGAAUAUAGCAUAUCACAAAUGAAUGAACUUUGUGAUAUUUAGUUAUAUUUAUGUGCAUUCUUUACUUACAAAGUAGCAACUAGCAGUCAAGAGCAGGUAGAUUACAGUAUUAUUAUUAUUCAGAAUGGAAGCGCUAAAGGGGUAAUAAGUUAUUUUGCUCUCAUACCAAAGAUUUUUUUUUCUGUACUUUUCUGAGCCCAUUUAAAGUUUCACAACGUCAGUGCCUUCUGGCAGCAUCCUGAAUCCACAAAUGAUUCACUGAUAAACUCCUCAGCUGUGAUUAAGAGGAAGAAGGAAUGCUGCUUAGGGCAAGUGUUGUGUCAUUUUUCUCUCAAAACACUUUUGAAUCAAUAAUAGUAAGUCUGAGAGUUUAGUUAUGCUCAAUGAAAACUGCUGUGUUCCUGAUUGUACACCAUAUAAUCAAGCUGACAUUACUGUAAUUCAGUGGUCUGGUGUCUUCCCUAGGGGAAGUUAAACAAGACUCCUGUUGGCUGAUCAAAAGUUAGAGUUGAUGAAAGGGGAGGAUUUGCAGGAAAAUUGGUAGCUAUCCUUUUGGUGCAGUACAAAAACACUUUUCCUUAAAACUGUCUCUUUGGGGUCAUUCCUGGGGGGGGGGGGGGGGGGGGCGCCUGUCUUCUUGUCAAGUUCACUGGAAGAGGUGGUCCAAAACUAUCCUGCUGAAUCUGUAGAGCAAGACAAAUUUAGGCGCAAGAGGUCUUUUUUUACUUUUUAUCACAAGUUGCCCCAUAAGCUAGUUUGUUACCUCCGCCAAGGAGGUUAUGUUUUUGGUAGCGUUGGUUUGUUUGUUUGUUUGUUUGUUUGUCUAUUAGCAACUUUACAGAUAAAGUUACAGAUGGAUUGACCUGAAAUUUUCACCAGAGGUGCGUCUUAGCCCCGGGAGGAUCCCAUUACAUUUUGGUGGUGAUCCAGAUUGCCUUCUGGAUCCAGGAAUUUUUUGAAGGAUUCUUUAUCAUUGUGAGAUAGGGCACAUUUUGGAAUUUUUGCAUUUAAUCUAUAAAAAUGGUCAGAGUCUUGAGUAAAAAAUUACACAAAAGGAUCUCAAUGAGUUUUAUGAGGUGUCAAAGGUUGAUCCUGAUCCAGACAAAAUUCUGGAUACUGUGAUCCAGAACACACAAAAAUAGGGGGGUCGUUGGAAUUUUCAAUGCUGAAAGAUAACCAAUGAAGAUACAAGGAAGUGUACGCUUACAAAUAUUGCAUAAUAAAUCAUGCAUUCAUGUAUCUUAUAUGAGCUUUGUUGUUUUAGGAACAUUAUGAACAGUGAACAUACCAGUUUAAACACAAAUAAAAGUUAAUAAAAGACACGUAACAGUAAAAGUUUUGGUGUGAAUCACAAUAUAAGGGGGGACAUGAGCUGCUUGGCGGAGGUCUGCGCUCUCCGAGUGCUUUUCUAGUUAUAAUUAUUUUUUUCUCAUUAGUUUUUAAAAUAUCAAUUGAAUUCUGAAAGUAGCUGCUUGUAAAGGUGAACUAACAGAUAAUCAUAAGGUUGAGUUGCAUUUCUGUUUGGCUUUAAAAAGCUCUCUUGCCCAUGGAUUUGGUCUGGAGAUAAUUUCUGUUUUGAUUCAGGCUCACCAUCUCAGAAACGUUAUCAUUCACAGUUGUUAACUGUUUUCAGCAAACAUUCCCUGAAGACUCACUGCAUACUGUCAGCCCAGCUUUGAGCUGCAGAAAGACGAGAAUGACAGACAGCUAGCAUAACAGAGUGUCAGGUACAUUAAAAUAUAGAUAACUUUAAAAAUCAAUGUUUCUUUCAAUUGAAUGAAAAUCCACCUAAAACAUGUUACUGGCUAAGAUGACCAUGUAUAUCAGAGAGUAAUAUGCAUUUAUUUAUAGUUGUUGUUGUUAUGAGAUUGUUAUAAUGAUAUCGGCAUUUCAGCCAUGGGCCAACCUGCUCUCUAAUCAUAGGCAUUGACCAUUGAUGAAAGGAACCAUUGUGUUUCUCAGCCUUAGCAAAUUAACCUCUGUUUUCUGGAAUAUUGGCUGUGACAGCAUUAUGGCAUAAAAAAUUUGUCACAGUUGUUUUUAGAGUUCGCCACAAGACCUUUCAGUUGCAUUGCUCUAUAACAGUUUUCGCAGGUUUAACCAAAAAGCCAGGUAUAUAAAGUGCUGAAUGUUUCUUUUGAUGAAGUUAAACUUGUCUGUGACUUUGGUGUAAGGUUAGCAUUAAUACGAAAGCCUAAGCAGCACCCCCCCUGACUGUGGAGACUGCAGUCCAAGUCCUCUCUAAACCGGGUAGUCUGAACUCGUUUCUGAGCCUAGACCAUACAGAGGACAGAAAAAGAUACCGUGAGGGGUCAAGAGCUCGAACAUCUGAAAGGAGCUUGGUUUCUCCUUUGCAUUAAAUGGAAUCAGCUGAGGUAGUUUACCUAUUUGAUAAAGGUGCGCACUAUGCAUACUGCAUAUGCCUCUCUUUGGAGGUGUUGUGGGCAUGUCAAACUCGGAGAAGACCUCUGCAGACCUGGAGAUCACUUGAGGGUUUAUAUAUCCCAUCUGGACUGGGGUUGCUUCAGGUACCUGCAGGAAGAGAUGGAAAAUGUUGCAGGAGAGAGGUAUGCCCAAGCCGACCACCUUAAGACUAGGUGAGCUGAAGGAAUGGAUACUCUGAACUGAGAAGUGGGCCAUCUUGUAAGUUGAAGGGAGUGAGGAUAUUUGAUGUAGCUCAUAAUGACUUUAUUAAAAAUGGAUUUCUGUAGUUUUUUAAAAAACACAGAAAGACAUAAGAAUCCAGUGCAAGGGUAACCAUGCAGUGCUGGUCCCUCCAUACAGAAACUCAGGUCCCUUGACUGAUAGUUAAUUUCCCGUAUUUACUUAUUUAUUGUAUUAUUUAACCUGCAAACACAGUAACAUUGGUGCUGCAAACACAAGUCCUGGAUUCACAGCAUAAUUUUUUAGAAAGAUGCUAAAAUCAGUUUGAAAUAAGAGGAAAAAAGAAAAAAGCACCAAGAAAAACAACAUACAAACCUUUAAAAAUAAGUCUUUAAUGUCAGAAGCUAACUCUACUUUCAAGCCAUACCUAUGAUGUUUUUCCAAGAGGCGACAGUGGUGCGGUUCUAUUGGUUUCUUGUACACAGUUUUUUCUAAUGAUAUGCUUGGAUUCAAAGUUGUUUGUGAGGCUUGUGGCCAAAGAAUUGUGCAGUUUUAAACAUGCAUGGCAAUUAUAAAGAGCGAAGAUGGGUGCAGUGAACAAUAUUUUCUGGUGAUUCUGAAACAUAUACAGAGAUAUUUCACUUGUUUGUCAAACCUAAGGUUCAAAUCUAAGAUGAUUCCUAAGAACAUGACAACACCAUCAACCAGAUCGAUGGACUGGUUUUUAUUUUUACCAGAGACUGUUCUUUUAAACAUUCAGCAUUAAAUAAGAAGACUCAAACCAUUGUGAUAAAGGACAGCUAAGGAAGUGGUUUUACCACCUAAAAGACGAGAAAAGUUAUUUUGCAAUCCAAAAGUAUUUGAUAAGUAAAAAAUGGGCCUGAUAUGGGCACACGAUUGUGUAAACAUGAGAGUCAUAAUCUGUUUCCCCUAGCCUGCCUGCAGUGUUCUGCUCUGUGCACCACUCCCAAGAGCCUGGGAGGAGACCACGGAGGGAGGGGUCAGACUCUCCUCUCUCAAGCCCACACAGGUGAACUUCUGCUGAGUGGAAUGCAGCAGGGAGGGGGCCUCCACACUUAGAGGUGUGGAGCUUUUUACUUCAAACAGGGUGGGGGACAGAUAUGGUAAAGGUAGAGGAAGGGAGUUAACUCUCUCCAUCACAGUCACUCACCUGGAUAGAGAAAAGGAGUGUGUAAGAGUGUGUGUGCCCGUAAGAGAGAGAGAGAGUGUGUGUAUGUGUGUGUGUGCCAGAGUGUGUGUGUGUGGGUGUGUGUGGGCUGAGGGUAAAGGAGGGAUCAAGUCACCGCACACUCAGUCGUUUUCACUCACUUGCUCUGAGGCUCAGUGUCUCUCAUAUCUUUCUCCUGCACACACAUAAUAACACAGGCAGACACACACACACGCAAACAGACACACACACACAUACUCUCAAGGGUUUGAGGGCAAAUAAGUAAAUCUUUGACCAGACCAGACUGUACAGGAAGGAAACUAAAGUGAGACAGAAGACUAACGUGGAACUUUUUGGAUUUUUACCUCACACUCAAGAACUUGAGGAAGAGUUUUUGUGCCUUUUCUGCAGGUGGAAACAAACUUUUCCAAAAUCUGGGGUCAGAGGAAACAAAAAGGAAUUGUUUUUUUUCACCAUUUAUUGUUGGACUUUUGGACUUGGACUGGGCGCGGGCACAGUAAGAGGUUUGUUUGAUCAGUAAUCUCUUUGUAUCCAGUCAUAAAUUUCCAAAUGGCUCCAUUGUUUUCAGUGCCUUUAACCUAUAAUGCCUUCUUCUGCUCAGACUUGCAAAAUUUAUGGAUCAUUUUGCUGGUUCACAUUUUUGUGUCUUUAUGACAAGGUGUGAGACAGUGAACUGCACAUUAUGUAACUUUAUAUGGCCAUGUGGUUUUCAAUUUCAUGCAAGACUGAAAGUACUCACAGAUUUCCAUAUGACUGAGUGCUUGUUUUUCUGUUGGAACUAUUUGAAUUCUUUUGUUUUGGACCUGAAUGCAGGGAUUACAGUGCAACACAGGUAAAAAAAAAGAAACGGGGUCAGAAAAGAGAGGAAGAAAGAAUAGACAGAGAAAGAGAGAGAGAGAGAGUAUCAGCAGGUUUUCAGUGUUCUGUCACAUGAAGGUAAAAUCCUGCCGUGUUGGUUUGAUUGUGAUUUGUAGCGAUGGCUUCAAAGGCGGGGAUUUUCCAGCUGUGAUUUAACCCGCUGUCACCUGCAGGUCUCCUGGCCUGACCCUUAAAACUGUUACUGCAGACCCCGAACUCAAACUGAUGAUGUCAUUCUAGGGUCAGGCCCACACCCCUUGGUGGUAUGUCCCCCGGGCAGGCAUUUUGUUGUCAAAAGAGACAACAACCACAGCUUUGAACUCUGGGAAAAUGUCCCCUAUAGUAUGUGCUACAGAGUGGCUGACUCAGUUUUAUUUUCUGCUCCUCACAGGCUGUAAUUUGUGUCUCCCACUUUAUCGUCAGUGUCAUUUCAACGCCUCCUCUUUGAUUUUGUCUGAGGAGGACAAGCGUGUCUUCUAUAUAUUCAGCUCAUAUCCAGUAAUGGUCAAGUUUGCAGGAUAGGAGCUGGUUUGUUUUUGCCUUUCUCUCUGUCAGUGAUUUAUGAGACACCUUUUGCACACACACCUGUAGUCAGUUCAAGUUCACAAUGAGGUGCUAAGGUGCCUUUCCCAUGUGUUUUUAACCUGGACUGGUCGUUCUCUCGCCUCAAGGAGAAAUUCCUCCUUGGAGUUGUAAAUCUCCAGAGCACAAAUCAUCAUUUUAUUUUGGUGCAUUUUUGCAGCUGCAGUGACAGAAUUCUCUUUUGUGCCCACUGAGACAAUUACUGAGACAUCUCAUGCUACAUAGUGCCCUUUGUUCAGUUCCACCUCCUGUCUGCAGUAGACAUCUUUUUUGGCAGCUUCCUGUCUAUCAGAGUCUCCCUUAUCAAACAUUCCUGCAUAACAUUAUAAAAAAAUACUUUUUUUAUUUAAAGUCUGCGCAGCAUGCCGUCUGGAGUUUACCAGGCCCCACCCAGAAUUGGUUUCUUCCUGUUGUGGUUCUUCUAUUGCAUUUUAUCAAGCCUCAACAGGCUCCUUAUAGAGUUUCUUCGCCUCUGAAAUCAGUGAGAGUGCAAAAGUCAGUGUCACACUUAUUCAAAACUGUUUAAUUGAGCUACAAACUGAGAAGUAGACAAGAAAUAUACCUUUAUUUUAACAGGAAUGUGAAAUGACAUGAAUCAGGCAAUAUGAAACAAGAAAAACAGUUAACUUUACAGAGAGUGACACUGUCACUGUAUUUUUAGGAUUUAUGUUGAUAUUGUUAUGCUGGAGUUGAAGAGUCCAGUAAAUUCAUAGAGAUAACAUCUCUGUUACAUUGCUGUCAGAGGUCAAAUCCAAGCAGCAGUGUUCUGCCUUGAGAUAUGAGACCAGCUGUUGACUGUAGUUCCUGAAGUGUUCACCUGAGGCAGGCUGCAGGAUUACCAAAGCACAUACACACUCAUUAAAAAAGCUUAUCUUAAUAAUAGCACAAAUAAACAUGUUUACAGCUCUGGUCUUAAGAACUUACUUCUCACUCCACACACACAUUAGUAUAAUCUGAUAUGAGGGUUGUGAGUUUGGCAGAUUAGAGUUAUGGCUGAGUUAACUGACAGGCAGCACGCUGUAGCUGAUAGCAAGGAGGCUGAAAAUCUCACACAACUACACCUCUAUAUGUGUCUUGGUAGAUUGACUGAAAGUCACCAAGACAACAUCUACAUAUUACACAGUCUGUAGUUAAAACCAGAAAAGCUUCAAACUUAAAUGAAACCAAUUUCUUUUCAUAUAAAAUAAAUGUUAUAAACAUUCAGACAAUCUUUUCAGUUUUCUCUUUACCACAUUUAGGUCUUGGUACCACAAUAUGAAAACAUAUUUUUCCUUGUCACAAAAUAUAUACACUUCAGUCAUCCUCCAUUGUUACUCCUACAAGGGAAUUGUAAUGUCCUCCUGUGGUGAUGUAAUGACAGGAGUGAUUUGCCCAGGCAGAAAUGCAAAAACGCUACCACUACCUGUGUGAUUCUUCUUUUUUAGGUGCGAUUGUGGGUUUCAAAUGAGAUGGUCCAUGACAUAAAGUCAUACAUGAAAGGCAAGAAAGUAGGAGACAGCCAAUUAGUGCAGUGCAUCAGGAAAUAUUUUGUCCACUUUUGCAGCCAUCUCUGUUUAAACACUUCUGGCAGCCUGAUACGAAUAAAACAUGCAAAUAAUAGAAACAUGAAGCAUCGAUCAAAUAAAAUCAGGUUAUGAGAGCUAUAACUCAGUACAACCAUCUUCUCUUUCUUGCUCAUUGCAGUUAAGGGUCAUACCAGUACACUUGAUGCCCCCAACAGGGCAUCACUGUUAAUUCUACUCAAUACUAAAAAGGUAGACUGCUACAGGUGGAUAAUUUUGGUACCUUAACUGUGGUAAUUCAAAUAAAUGUGUACUCUGCUGAACCAAAUCAGACCACUUGGUGGAAACAUACUGUAAUCACAGUAAAAAUUGGUCAAUAUUUUUGUCUUUAUAUGGUCACAGGGAUAGUUUGUUGUUGUUUUUUGAAUUUUAAGUUUGCCCAUGGGUUCAGUCCUUGGAGAGAACGCAGUUUUCCUGUUUUAAACCAGUCUCAGAAGCUCUUUUCAUAAACUGAUAUAAAGGGAAGGAGACCAUCUUGGCCUCGUCACUCUCUGUAGAGUUUGCUGGAGGGAAAGUACAGGUGGUUCACGUUACAGCACAGUCUGUUAAGACAUCACUGUGGGGGAGGGAGGUUUUUUUCUCUCCUGUUUUAUUUUUCUUUGCAACAGCAAAUUUCAGCUGUAUUUAAAUCAUGAACGUAAUGUUUGAAUAUACAUUUUUGUGUUUCUAUUUCAGGCAGGAGAUGGGGAGAUGGACGGUUCAUCUCUCAGUGGGGCUUGGACUCUUAGCCCUGUUAGUGACCUGCUGUUAUGCUGAAGGUGAGGAAGCCGUAUGCCUUUACCUGUGAAAGUGAUUGACUGAUGUGUUAUUUUGUGUUGUUAGAGGUACGUUUAAUAGGAAAGCUGACUUUGACUUUAUUUUUUUAAGGGACUUACGUAAUAGGAGGGCUGUUAAAUAUAUAAGGUGAAUGCUACCUUGGAACUUUGAAACAGGUGUUGCACCAGAUGAACAAUGUGUGUGACAAAACAAGGAAUCGAGAGUUUAAGUUCAAGUUCUCUUUCUGUCAUGAUAUUUGUCAAGAGAGCAAUCUGCUAAAUAAAAAAUAAAGCAUUAAAUAAAUAACAGAUGUAUGCACUGUAUUUUGAAAUAAAAGCUUUGCAAGCAAUCAGAUUCCCACACAAAACAGUUUAUGUUGACAGGUAUUAUCAUAGUACAGAAGCUUGAUUAAAUCACACCAUCCCAAAAUAGUGAUUUUACUACCCAAAGAUGUAUUUCUCAAAGAUCAGGGCCAGUCACAGCCAAACAAAAACUAGAAAAAUCACACUAAAAUGUCAGGAAUAUUUUUGCUUAUAAAUCAAGGCUUUACAGAGAAUUAUAAAUAACUUAAUCUGUUCUUUGGGGUCUUGUCUCUGACAAGUAUUCAAUAUUUAAAAAAAACUGAAACUAAUUGUAUUAAACUAAGCAUUAUAAAAAAAUAACUAAACAAACAAAAACAGCAUCAGAAAAAAAUUAAAAACUGAAAUAAAAGUGGAAACAAAAAGCCAAAUAUUUUUAUUGAUGGAAGUGUUAGUAAGCUUAUGGUUCAUCUGGAACACUAUCUCUAUGAUUCAUUUUUUUUUAAAAAUGUCAUGUGAAGAAGCUUUACAGAAAGAGCAGGUUCAGAUUGUACUCUUUCUAGUUUUCACAGAGACACAUUAAGAACUUUAGGAUAAGAGAAGAUACUAUCACAUUUUAUCUACAGUGAAGCAACAUCUAGCAGGUAACAGUGGCACAGUCUAUAAAAACAGCCUGACCUACCAACAAAUCUGAAAAAGAAAAAGGGAUGUUGUGCCAAAGUCUGUUUGUUGUUACCUCAGAUAUUCCAGGUAUGCUUCUUGUGUUGGAUUCCUACUUUGCUGCCUCUUUAUGACUCUUUCUGACCACACCCCCACCACCGCACCCCACCCCACCUCUACCCCACAGAGAACUACUGCUUUGCCUCCAGGAGCGAGACCUGCUCAAAGUGCCUGCAGACUGGAAAACGCUGUGCUUACUGCUCUGAGGAGGUGAGAGCCGAGUGUUGUUGUAAUGUGAGACUCCAAUACCAGCUAAACAUGAAAAUCAGACAUGCACACCCCUCAGUGGCUUUUGUAUACAGAUGAAUUGUGCACAACUAAAAGGACAAAAAGGUUGAAAGGUCGAUUCAACACAAAGCGAUGUUUCGAGGCAGCAUGCUCUUCCUCAGACAUGCAUCAAACAAAUGUGAUUAACCAUCUAAAAACACAUUGAAAACCACCUGAUCAAACACUGCACAAAUCAAUAAAUAUCUAAUAACCAAUUACCGUAACUACCUAAAAAUGUGAGGUUGUCUUAUAUUUAGGGUUUAGUAAUUAAACCCUUUAGUACAAUGUUACAAUGUCACUUAGUAGAUGCUUUUAUCCAAAGCGUCAUACAUUCGAGAAAAAGAACACAGAUCGAGACAAGGGUAAAACAAGAUCAGUAAGAGCAACAAAGUCCUUCAAGUCCAUUUGGACACAGGUACUGCCAGACAGUCUAAAAGGCAAGUGUCAAUAAGAUAUAUAUCUUUUUUCUCAAUAAAAUAUGGAACAUCAAUAAUGGAGCAAUCAUUCAAUUUAAGACCUUUCAUCAUCACCAUCAAGAAACUUACCAACGUAACUUAAUAACGUACCAAGUGCUGGGUCACUCAAGCACUGAACAUAGAUUCCCAGAGUAGAGCAGGACAGUGCAAGUCAACUGUAGCUGGAAGACUCAUUCAGCCACUGGGGACAACAGUGGAAAAUGGUCCAGCUAAGUGCAUACUGUUCUCCAAAGAGCUGGGUCUUGUUGUCUUUAGAAAGUAGAAAAGGAUUCUGUGGAGCCAAUAUGACAUCAUAUCAUUGUGCUAAUAUAUCAGCUCUGAAAAUAGAAUGAUACCAUGUUGGGACUUACUUUAAAAUCCACCCCUUUGUGAGAUCAGCAGCUUUCAGGAGAGAAUUUCUGUGUGUUUCUGCAACAUCCAGCCACUUUACUAUCUCACAAAGGAGAUCAGCAUAUUUUCAUAGAGUAUUUUAAGGCAACCCCUUUAAAAAAAGGUCAUCUGUCAUAAUUUAUACAUUUUUGGACGUAUUAUUAAUGGAAUUAGUAUUUUGCAUUUGUUUUUGUUGUUGUUGUUAGCUGACUGGAAAACAGCUGUCAUCUUUGUUUGGAUUAGUUGACCAAUCAGGGUCUGUACCUGCGAUCAGCUUGAAGCAAAGACAAACUGAAGCAGACAUUGGAAUCUGCCCUCAUGUUUUUUGUAAUUGGUUCAUUUUUGUAAUUGAUGUUAGCUGUCUUUGAGUACUAAUAUAAAAAGUAUAUAAUAAAAAGUAUCUACAAAUAUAACACACAACUAAGGCAUGCAUAUUAAUCCUGUAGCACUGAGAAUACGAAAAGUCAGUAAACUUAUUUCUUCAACAAAUACUGGGGUACUAAGAAAUUAGUGACAGAUAUGAUCCUUUACAUAGUUUGAAUAUUAAAUGUAUCUCAUCCUUUUUUUUUGCUUGCAGUUUAUUUUUGUAUGAUUCCUCCAUGCUGUAAGUCUCUUGUUAGUCACAGGCUGUUCAUGGGUUGAACUGUGUUACUGUGUUUUAUCAAGUAUGUGGAUGUAUUUAAAAUAAACACCCAUACAUGAUUGUGGCAAAUCUGAGUCUGAGGAAGAACAAGUUGGUUCUAAACUUCACUUUGUGUUAAAUUAAUCCUUCAGCAGGAGCUUUCUGUGUGCAGACGUAAAUGUCUUUGUGCAGUUGGAAAUUGAAUAAACUGGCUUUAAAGACUUGGAUAUGAAAGCCAUGAGAUGCAGCAGAACAUUUCGUUACUUUAUACAGGGCUGUUUCCUGCCCUGUUCAGAGGAUGGACCUAAAAAAUUACACCUCCUCUCAGAACAACACUGUAACUUCAUUGAAUGUACCCAGUAGCAAUAACUUGACAUCCAAGAAAAAACAUGAAGAUUAAACACUAAUUAAACUUUAUAUUUGCUCAGAACUUUGACGGCCCUCGUUGUGACUUCUUUGAGAACAUUAUUGCCCACGGCUGCAGUGCUGCAGCAGUGAUCAUGGAACAGAGCAGUGUGAAGAUUGAAAAGGUAAGUCUUCAUCACCUUUAUUUUUUUCUCCUUCUUCUUAAAUUUUUGUUGUGUUUUGAUAUUUUAAAGUAUGACAUCUUAACCAAGCUUCUGUUUCUGUCUGGUUCAGAAUGAAAAAAUCAACAAAGCGCUUCAGCUGUCUCAGGUGUCUCCACAGCAGAUAAGUAUGUCCUUUCUGCCAGGAGAGGAAAAAGAAGUAGAUGUGGAGAUAUUUGCCCCAACCAAAGGUCCUUUAGAUCUUUAUAUUCUUAUGGACUUCUCCAACUCCAUGGCUGACGAUUUGGACAACCUGAAGAAAAUGGGCAACGAGCUAGGUGAGCAUGUUUGUGUUAUACACAUCGACUGUAUAUACUAUGGACAACUUGGCUCCACCUUCUGUCAUUAUACAAAUUUGAAGCCAAAUUGCUCUCGGUAUUUCAAAGAUUUUUUCCACUUCCUGGAACCACCACUUGCACAGUAGCGUUGUACGUAUACGGCAAGAGAGUUGCUGAGAGUCGCUGUGAUGACUCUCUGCUCAAACAGCGUAUCCCCCGGGUGAGCUACACAAUCUUUGUACACCCAUAGGCUGUAUCAAGUGUCAAUCAUAGAAAACAUGAACCACCAAAUAACUUUUAAAAAUGGAGCUGUACAGAAAAAAGAGGACUUUAGUACAAACCAGUUUGACAGUAGCUGCAUGUCAAUAUCGCAACCGGGGGGAGGGGGGUUGGUUUUUCUGUGUAAUUAAUUUCUAAAGUUUAUCCACAGCCCCAAAAGGAUUGCUGGAGGAGGCGGGAUUUAUUACUCAUACUGCAGCCCAUCUCUAGAGGGUGCUGUUCUCACGGAGGCAGAAGGCGUCCAUUCUAUACACAGUCUAUUGUUACAAUAGUGUGCUGUGAUGCCUGUUGAGUUGUGUGUCACUAAUAGUGAAUUACUUUUCUGCAGCUUCACUGGUGGAGAAGCGCUCAGCGGACUACACUAUUGGCUUUGGAAAGUUUGUGGACAAAGUGAUUGAGCCACAGACUGACAUGAGAGAAUUUAAGUAAGAGAUAAAUAAACAUAAACAGAGUAUAAAAAGUUAAGCUCAUAAACACAUCCAAAAAUGUAGGAAUGAAUGUCUUUUAUUUUUCCUUUUUUUUUUCUUUCUCAAAGACUUAGAGAGCCGUGGCCCAACAGUGAGUCUCCUUUCUCCUUCAAAAAUGUCAUCAAGCUGACCAACGACCUGAAUUAUUUUACCAACAAGCUGCAGAAGGAGAAAAUUUCUGGGAACCUGGAUGCACCUGAAGGAGGAUUUGAUGCCAUUCUGCAGGCUGCAGUGUGUGAAGUAAGUAAUAAGAUGAAAUACGUAAAAAGAUAAUAAUAACUUAUGUGGCAAAUAAAGGGUUUAUUUCCAGAGAGGUUCAGAUUCCAGGUCCAGAAAUGUCAACCACACUGCAAAAAAAAAACAGUAAUGGAUGCUGAGCAGUAGUUAUAUUAUUAAGAUUUAAGACUUUGCUCCUUUUUUGUUGUUUUUUUUUAUUUUUUAUUCUUAUUCUAGGAUAAGAUUGGCUGGCGAAAACAGAGCACACAUUUCCUGGUUUUCUCCACGGAGUCGGCCUUCCACUACGAGGCUGAUGGUGCCAAUGUGCUCUCAGGUAUUUUGCCAAGAAAUGAUGAGCUCUGCCACCUGGAUGCAGAUGGUGAAUAUGACAAAUAUAAGGAGCAGGAUUACCCAUCAAUACCAACGUUGGUACGUCUCCUGCGCAAACACAACAUCAUUCCCAUCUUUGCGGUCACCAACCACUCCUACGAAUACUACAAGGUUUGUGGACUGUAGCUGUUAGGUUUUCAAGUUUCAGGCCAUAGUUUGGUUUCUUGUUUGUAAUGUGCAGUCUCCACUGUAUAGAAACUCCAAGAAUAUUUUCCUAUCGCUGAGGUUGGUCUGCUGUCAGAAGAUUCGUCGAAUAUCAUUGAUGUCAUGGAGAAUGCCUUUGAGGUAAAACACAAUAACCUGCAAAAAGAGGAUCUUUUCUUUGUCACUGCAUAGAAAUACAUUUCUUUGUUUUAUAAUCAUUCCUAUAGAGUAUUCGAUCCAAGAUGCGUGUCCUGGUGGAGGACCGACCCAAAGCUUUUACAUCACAGAUCCUGGCCACCAGUGCAAGUGUUGCACAGUCUGGAAAAUUUGACUUUAAGCGAGGAGAAAUAGUAAGAAAAAAACAAGCUCUAGGGGGGCUUAAUAAUUACACACACACAUGCAUUACACGCCCACACACACACACACACACACACACACACACACACACACACACACACACACACACACACACACACACACACACACACACACACAGAAUUUGAAUGUAUGGUCAUUUAUUGAUAAUCAUGGAGGGUGAACAAUACAAGAUACUAUUUCAGUAGUUGAUUCUGCAUACACAGGUGCAGACAAACACUAGGCAGGGAAAACAGAAUACACACAUACAACACAUGCUCACUGUGAACCAAAACUAACAAUUCAUAAACAAUAUAUGUACAUGCUUAUUUUCUGUGUGUGUGCGUGUGUGUGUGUGUGUGUGUGUGUGUGUGUGUGUGUGUGUGUGUGUGUGUGUGUGUGUGUGUGUGUGCGCGCGCAUCCUCCAGGGCAAGGUGAAAAUGCUGCUAAAAGCGCAGAGAGAGAUUGACGAGGUGUCCGUCUGUGACUUGAAUCCGGACCAACAACAGGGCACAUUGAGAGUCAAACCAACAACCUUCAAUGUUGCUGUCAAUGUGAAGACUUCGGUUUUAUGUCCAACCUGCGAGUGUGAGAAGGUCAGUGCACAUAAAAAGUGAAGAUUCAGAGACUGUUUGAAGAAUGCUUGUCUCCUUCUCACUAGUUCCUUUUUUCCUCCAGACCAGACUCUCAAAUGCACCCAGAUGCCACGGCCAUGGAGACCUGGUGUGUGGGAAGUGUGAAUGCCAACAGGGCUGGUAAGACUUGAGUCAUGUCUUUGGGUUUAUCUGCACCUCUCCCACAUGUUGAAAUGCUGUGCUCUUACAUUUGACCGUGUGUCUCCUGCAGGGUGGGCACAUUCUGUAACUGUUCAGAGAGUUCUACAUCUCAGGACAGCGGACAGUGUAUCGGUCCUAACUCCAAAGAAGUAUGUUCAGGCCAAGGGGACUGCACUGCCUGUGGAGUCUGUGUGUGCUACAACCCAGAACAGUUUGAAGGACCCUACUGUCAGUAUGAUAAGACCAAGUGUUCGCGAUUUGGAGGAUUCCUCUGCAAUGGUAUAAAAACUCUUAGCUCGUAAAUAAAAUAAAGUGUGUGUGUAUGUGAAAAAUGUUACAACUGUCACCAUAUUGGCCAGAAUAUAAGUCAACUCUAAAAAUAAAAAGACCCCCAUGAAAGCUGCUGGUCUCAUGAAGCAGGUGGAUUUAAUAGUGGGUCGCCAUGGCAAUAGUUGUUCUAUUUUUAGAGCUAGCAUUGUAAACGCAACAAUAUUACACCAUUUACAACAGUGUUGACCCCAUUAUUUGCUAAACUCCAAGUAUGAAAUGAUCCCACUCUUCAGUAUUUCAAGGAAAAACUGCCUUAUAUUAACAGGGUUUAUUCUGAGUUUAACUAUUUCAUAUCUACAAGGACACUUGGAUCAAAAGUGUUCUUAUGACCUUGUUUGUGAGAAAAGGGACAUUUUUGAAAGCGUUUUAAUCUUGAAUUCUUUUUCCAGUAAAAUACAAUUUUUGUUCUUAGUCCUUUUGUAUUUGAUAGUACCCACCUAAGAUUUUUCUCUUUUAGUCUGUGCUCUCACCUCCUCAUAGAGCUAGUACAUAAGGAUUAUGCUUAGGAGAGGCUCAGGCUGACAAACAGGCAUCUUUCUCAUACAUGUAUUAAAAUAAAGCAGAGACGAGCAUUUCAAACCUUCAGUGCAGGUCCACACUUGUAUUAAAUGUUUACUUGAAGAUAAGAACAGAAAAGUGGAUGUCCCUGAAUAUUACUACUAGAGACAGCUGUGUAUUCAGAGUCUUCAGGAAAAGGAAGCACAACACAGUGAAGUGCAAGCAGAGAGUAGAGAUGCUGACAGCUCAUUUCAUUCAUUUCCAAAAUCAAAAUGCAAAACAGGAGCACAAUAACUUAUAACUUAAUAAUAUCAUAAGAACAAUGUAGUUAAUGAUCUGAACCAUAUGGUGGUUCAGACAGGAGGUGAUAAAUUCCUCUUUGGUCCACUCCAGUUUGUUUUAGUUUCACUUUUAUUAUCCCCAUUUCCACAUGUAAACACCACUGACAGGAGCCAAAGUUAAGUCUUGGUCUUUCUUCUCUCAUCAGACCGUGGCUCUUGUGUGAUGGGCCGCUGCGCAUGUACAGAGGGCUGGGAAGGAGACGCUUGUCAGUGUCCCAAGAGCAAUCAAGACUGUCUGGACUCUAAGGGUGUAAGUGUACUGUCUUUGGUAAUCACAGUUUUCAUGUCAUAUCACAACACUCCCUGUAUCUGACUUGGAUUUUUAACUGUACAGGUUAUCUGUGGAGGUCGAGGUAAAUGUGUCUGUGGAAAAUGUGAGUGUGAAAACUCUGAGAUGGAGUUGUCCCCAUUGUGUGAGCCCCAGUUCCAGGUUUGUGCCAAUAAAAAAUGAUGAUGUGUAGUUUGUCUAUACAUAAGAAAGGGUUUUGAUUUGAGUAUUCCUCUUUCACAAUAUUUCCAGGCAUCAAAGACACAAAGUUCUUCAUGUUACAUAUGAGAAUGCCUCUAUUUGAAUCAAUGUUUCUAAUAUUAGUUGGCAUGUUUGUGUGUGUGUGUGUGUGUAUGUGUGUGUGGUCUAGGCCCAGUUUGCACUGUGUGACGGUACAAAGAGUUGUGUACUGUGCCAGGCCUGGGGGACUGGAGAGAAGAAAGAUAAGAAAGAGUGUGAUAAGUGUCCCUUGAAAGUUGUCCAGGUGGAUAAACUAAAAGAAGGUGGGUUAAAAAGUGGACUUUUAUUCAUUUGGUAUUGUCUACAUUGUUUCCAGGUUUGUUUAUGUGUUUGCGUGUUUUUGUUUUCAGCGGAGAAAGUGUUUGAAACUUGCAAUUUUCGUGAUGAGGAGGACGGAUGUAUGGUGGACUACACAAUCGAAAAACUCAAAGAUUCAACAACUUUGGUUGAGGUGCUCAAAAAAAGUGGUGAGCUAACACAUUCUCUGUGCUGUAAUUUCUUCAACUAAUCAACAAUUAUUUACAGACCUCGAGGUUGUCAUUUUUUGUAUAGGCUUUUUUGUUUGAAGUUUACAUUCCUAUUCUUCCCUGUAAGCUAUUGUAUCUCACUCAAGUACAAAACAAACUGUUUUUGGUUUGUGGACUUUAAAAAAAUAAAUUAUAUAUAUAUAUAUAUUUGUCACACAAGACCAUAGGAAGAGCAGACUCAGACUGUCUGGAGUUUUGUUUUCCAUUUAUUGGUCGUUGUGUUUGUGCUAAAUGUUGACUCCUAUCAUAAACGUCAAACUAACCAGGCAUCUUUCAUUGAGUUCAUAUGGUCGCAGCUAGCCAAUGGCAAAAGCACUGUUCCUCCGGCAACAGUGUGAUAAUAAGAAAUAACAGACAACUGUUUUCAAGUGUUGACUUGUCAGAUAUAAACAACACAGCAGUGUAACAGAUCAGGAUGAUUUUAAUUUUUUUUUUUUUUUUUUGUUGCUCAAAAUGUUAUUUUUCAAGGUUCUAACCAUUGAGACAAAACUCUAGUCAGCUCUGUUUGCAGUUGUGUACUCUGUAUCAUCAGUAAUAAUCAGUAAUAAUACAGCAAUGUACUCUGUAUCAUCAAUAUGAAUUGAAAUUCAUCAUCUCUUUCAGACUGCCCUGCUGCUAGCCUUCUGUGGUUGCUCCCACUUCUCUUGUUCCUCUUGUUGCUGCUGGGGCUCCUGCUGCUCUGCUGCUUGCACUUUGCCAGAUGCAAAAAGUGCUGUGGGGUACUAAAAUGCUGAACUUCAACACACACAUAAUAACAAUAAUAAUAAUGAUAAUAAUAAUAACAAUAAUAAUAAUAAUAAUAAUAACAAUCAUCAUAAUCAUCAUCAUCAUAAUAAAGUCAUAUCAUUGAAGUGUUGCUACUUACCUUCUCUUGACACAGAGCUGCCUUGGCCUGCUCCCUUGCUGUGGAGGAGGUGAGAUAUUUGUUGAUUCAAAUGUUUUAUCCUUCUGCUACUCAAGACCUUGUUGAAUAACAUCACCUUACACUGCAUCGCUCUAGGUCGCAGGGUUGGCUUCAAGGAAGAUGAGUAUUUGCUCCGACAGUCUCUGCUCACCUCAGACCACCUAGACACACCGAUGGUAAGGACUGGGCCACCCAAGGGAACCGAUGUGGUUCGCUGGAAGGUAACUGAUAAUGUACACAGAGCACCCAAUCACCCCCUGGCUCUAGCGAAGCCCAACCCCAAAGAGACAAGUGAGUGAUCAAAUACUUCUUUUACAUUACACUAUUCAAUCAGAGACGUUGGCUGUCUGAACUCUAAACUCUACUUUUUUGCAUGGUUUUCUUUCCCCUCGCAGUCCAAUACCCAAUCUCCCUCCGACUGAACAGACUGUUUUCUGAGAACCUGGCCCGACCAGAGAGCAUAGAUGCUGAACAGCUUCGUAAAGAAGCUGCCGAUAACGUGAGUGUGUUCGUUUUGAGGGCAGCAGAUUUCUAUAAACAAAAAAAUGGUAUUGAUUAUUGUUUGUGUUCUUUGAUCCAGCUGAAUGAAGUGUACAAGCAAAUCCCAGGUGCACAGAAGGUGCAAAAGACCGCAUUCAGGUAAGUUGUGUCACAUGACAGCUCCUUAUGUAUCACACAGUGCACAGAAUCUAUCCUUAAUGUUAAAAAUGCCAGGGUGCUGAUGACCUGGGUUUGAAUCCACCAUGUGCCUCCAUUCCAACCUGUAUCACCCCAUCUCCUGCUCUAUUUAGUCUCCUCUCCACUCAAAUAAAGGCACAAAAAAGCCCUUAUAUAUCCUAGUCCAUUUUGGAAAAUGCACACUUGGGUGGGCCUUGUAUUCUGCCCUUUACAGCAGUGGUUUCCACUCUUUUUUACUUUCUCAUAUGGUAGGAAAGUAGAAAACAGGCCCUCACAGACAAAAAUGCUGCAUUACUGUAAAAAAUAAAUACGAUCACAGCGUAAGACAGGAGUGAAAUUGACAGAGAACUGCUAAACUUAUGCUUCGUCCCAGUUACCUCAGAAGUCAGAGCUAGGAAUGAGGUUACACCCGAGUUGACGGCAUUCCAGUAAGCAAGUUGGAAAACCAAGAUUGACACCUACUGUUAGCCGUUGUAAGCUGUUGUUAACAAUUGUCAGCUGUCGUUUGCCGUUGCCAGCCUUUGUUAAUUGUUGUCAGCUAUAUCAGUUGUAAACAAUGCAUAACACAAUGGUUUGCUACUAUAAACACCAUAGCACCGUGUUCACAGUUUUAGAGGUUCGGCAGUACAACAUAUACCACUUAUUUAAUUUCACAAAAACAAAACAGAGGUGCUAAUAAAUAAUACAUUACGAGAGCUUUAUGGUUACUCUUUACUAUUGAUGCACUGCGCUGCCAUCUUGGAAUAUGACGUUGUCGUCAAGUUGGGGUUCGUCUGAUUUUCUGAGUCAGAAACCUGACUUCAGGGGGGUGUUCCAGAUGAGUUUCCGACUCAGAGCUCGGAAAUCCCGACUUCCCAGUACAACUGGAACACACCAUUAAUGUGCAUUUUUGUGCUUUAUAAUCUUCAGGGCAACAUGGUAUUUUAAACUGAACCAUAAGGGUUUGCAAAUGGUGGAGGCAGAGGAGGGUCAACUCUUCUUUGGUCAAUUUUUUUAUGUUAUUGCAAUUUAUGUUAUUACUAAUUUUUAUACAUAGGCUAUUAGCAUGUGCAAAAACACGAUGUACACCCUCUUUUUGUAUAUAAUCUGUGCACUGUUUAUAUUUCUGUGAUUGUAGUACUUUUAAAGAGUGUAUAUAAUUACUCAUUAUUUUUGUUUCCUUGUUGCAGGAUGCAGAGAAAUGCUGGAAAGAGGUAAACAUCUGAUAGCAUAACAAAAGAAGCACCAGAUUUGAUUUCCCAAAGGAGCAUGAAUGCUUAACUGCUUGACUUUUUGCUCUUUCCAUGUUCUGAAGGCAGGACUUUACCAUCAUGGACACCGUCUUAUCUGCUCCACGUGGCAGCUACCCUGAUAUUGUCAAAGUCACAGAGAGAAAUGUCCAGUCAGGGAACGUCAACAAUCUCAAAGUGGUGCCUGGUUACUACACCGUGGCCACAGACAGAGGUCUGUAAAUAAUUCAUUUGUGUGGGUUAAAUCCUCAUCUCCAGUUCUUUCUAAAGUUGAGCUCUUAGUAGUCUUGAAUCAUUAUGAAUGAUAAAUGAUUAGUCUAACUAUCAUAUUUGUGAUUUAAUCCACCGUUCCUCUGCAGAGGCAACAGGGGUCAUAGAGUUCCAGGAAGGUGUGGAAUCAGUGGAUGUUCAUGUGCCCCUCUUUGUCAAAGAUGAAGAUGAUGACAAAAAACAGCUGCUAGUGGAGGCUCUGGACGUGCCGCUAGGUAUUGCUAAGAUUGAUAAGCGUUUAGUUAACAUCACCAUCAUCAAAGAGCACGGUGAGAAAUAUUCGAUUUUGCAGUUUUGCACUUGAAAUAAAAAAAUUUCAAUGAAACAAAAGAUUUGUGAACUCAUUUAAACUCCUUUUCCUCCUCCAGCCUCCAGUGUCUUUACCUUCCUCCAGCCAGCCUACACCUACAGCAGGCAGGACGGGGUGGCUAACAUCCCAAUCAGCAGAGAGAUUAUAGAGGACGGACGCACUCAAGUCAGCUAUCGCACUCGAGACCUCACAGCCAAGGAUAAGAAGGUGAGCCUUAUGCACAGCCCUAAAAACAUCGUCAUGUCCCCCCAAAAUUUGAGAUUCUUACCAAAAGUAAACUUGGAUCAUUUUUACCACUCUUUAACUUUAAGCCAAGAGCCCCUUACUGAACCUCCAAGCUGUGUGCAAUUUUUUUAGCCAGUUGAAACGUGUUUUCAAACACCACACUGAUAGCUUAUUAUUGCAUGAGACUGCAAGUUGUUUAUCUCUAUCUGAUAGAGAAUGAAACAAAAUUAGGCAUGUUGAAGGAUGUUCUUUACAAUCAGUUACCUGAUUCUGUUCAGCUGUUAACGUCUAUAGUUUGAUUAAUUCAUGCUGGCAUCAUUAUUUCAACUUUGAAUGAAACUCUUGUAGUAUUUGCCAAAUCGACAGGGUUAACAGGACAGUGACCACUUUGUAAAAAACCUGAAUAUGAGGCACAGGACUGCUGCAGGACCCUGCUUCUUACCUGUCACUGACAUGUGUUAUUAGGAUUAUAUAAAUGUGGAAGGAGACCUGACCUACAGUCCUGGUGAGACCCAGAAAAUAAUUCCUGUUCGUCUGCUGGAGCUUGGGGAAAAAGAUGGCCUCCUGGAAGAAAAACAGGUCAAGCAGUUUGUCAUGGAUCUCAGUAACCCCAGACAGGGAGCUAAGCUGGGUCGCUACCCAAGAACUACUGUUACCAUUGCAGACCUACCAGGUGAGGGACAUGCAAGGCUUUACAUCAGUGAGUCUUAGUAGUUGUUUUUUGCUAAAGCAGUGAUUUCCUAAAUCUUCUCUCCCUCAUAUUCUUGUCUUAUCCAGAAGCCAGUGAGAUAUCAUUCAAAAAUAGCACCCAGCACCACACCACAUCUGACCCCACCUACUUAAUCCCUGUGGUCCGCAACCGCAACCAAGGAAGCCCUGCAACAGUGAAAUGGCGCACUAAGAAGGCCCAGCGCUUUGACCUGUCAGGGCCUCUUAAUUUCAGUCCAGGAGAGACAGAGAAGAUCAUCGAGAUUGAUCCAAAUGCCCACCCUGGACCCAUCAAACCUGAGAGCUUCCAACUGGAGUUGUUUGACCCCAGCAGGGGCACCACUAUUGGAGACAAGAAGACCACGACCGUCAACGUCACAGGUAGAUGUGAGACAAAAUGAAGUCAUUAAAAAAAAAAUAAAAAAUCAAAGAAUAAGAAGAACUUUAUUAACCCCCAAAAGGAAAUUCAAUAUGACAUCAGUCCCAAAAUAUAUAUGUAAGAAUUGAAUAAGUAUUAUUUUUUUUGGUCUUUUAAGUUGGUAAUGUCGAAAUAUAGCUCUUAAAGACAAUUACUGUCUACUGUAAAUGUUUGUUUCAACCUUUGUUGUUUUUUUCAUCCUGCAGCUCCAAUGCAGAAAGGCUCAGUCAAGCUAAAUGCCACUUCCCCAGGUGGUCGCUUUCUCUCCCCAGCAAACCCCAUAGCCAAAGCAACUGGACCUAGAAGCAUCCGCCUCAACUGGGACCCACCACCUGGUAACCCCAUGGGCUACAAGGUAUUUGAAGUCUGCAUACUGGGAAGCUUUGAAUUUAGUGACCAUUUACAGAGGGCACUCCAUUUUUGAUGAAAGUUGUAUAUUUAUGUGCAUCUAAGGUCAAAUACUGGAUCUACGGUGACCAAGAAAAAGAUGCCAAGGUCAUGGAUGUGAAGACCACUCACGCUGAUUUGACCAACCUGUACCCAUACUGCGACUAUGAGAUGAGAGUGUGUGCCUACAAUGCAAUUGGAGAUGGCCACAGUACAGAUAUGAUUCCCUGUCAAACACUGGAGGAUGGUAAUUUCUUUCAAUUUAGUUCACUGCUUUGUUUAUUUUUAUGAAGGGUCAUUUUAACCUUAUGUAGAGGCUUUUACUCACUGCGCUUAAUGCUGUGAAAAAUGGUGAAACCUGGGGUAGUAUAAAGUACAUGUGUGGUUAAAAAAAAACAAAAAGGUGCAGGUGUAAGUACAGUGUAAUUACCAUGAACUUGGUUUAUUUGAAGCUCCUGUGAGGAGUGUUGUCUUCCUUGAACAGAUAUAACCUCUUUAAGCAGCAUUUACACUAGUUGGUGUUGUGCAGUAUUUACGAAUAAUGAUGUGUGGGCACCUCUGAGCUUCCAAAUGCUUCCUGUUCUGUUUUCCUCCAGUGCCUGGUGAACCUGGACGUCUCGCCUUUAAUGUCAUCAGUCCUACUGUCACUCAGGUCAGUUGGGCCGAGCCUGCAGAGACCAACGGGUCCAUCACUGCCUAUGAGGUCAUCUACACACCCAUCGAUGAUGACAUGAGUAAGAGACUGAGUCCCUCCCUGAAAAGGAAAUACAACAUAAACAUAAAAAGUUGUCAUAUGUAAUUCUCAUCACUGCCCUGUUCUUCCUUGCAGAACCAGUGGGUGCUGCUAAGAAAGUCAAGAUUGAAAACCCCAAGAAGAGGAUGCUGCUGAUUGAAAAUCUUCAGAACGCUCAGACCUACCAGUAUAAAGUACGAGCAAAGAACAGCGUGGGCUGGGGCCCCUUCAGAGAUGCCACCAUCAACCUAGCAUCACAGCCGGCCAGACCUCUGUCCAGUAAGUCAGGGUUGAAAGACCUUUAAAUUCUUUCAGUCUGUGUUUUUCUGGAAACAGAUUGAUUUCAUUUUCUUUCUGCCCACAGUUCCCAUCAUCCCAGACAUCCCUAUCGUGGAUGCAGAGGCAGGAGACGAGUAUGACAGUUACCUGAUGUACAGCAAUGAGGUGCUGAAGUCUCCUACGGGCUCUAAGACACCCAGUGUAUCUGGUGAUGGUGAGUACCCAGAGCCAAAACCACAAGCUACUUCUAACCACUGAGAGUGUUAACUCUGUGCGACAGCUCUGUUCCAAUGCAUUUUUUGGCUCUGGAAAGAUGCAUAUGAUUGCCAGACUUCCAGAUUAAUGUGGGUCCAAUUAUCUGAGUCCUCAUUAUGAAUGCUCCAAGCAUCUUGCUUUGUUCUGUUAGCCAGAGUGUUGCACUCAGAUUUGUAUGUAAAAUGCGCUGUGGUAACGUUGCCCUGUGUGGAGAUGAGGGAGCACACUGUGAAAGGUUGGUUUGAUCUGCAGGAUUUUACCCAGCAUGUGUGAGUUUUCAUCAAAAUCUCAGGACAAGAAGGUCCCUGUCUGGCUUUGCUAAUCUUUUAGUUUUUCUGUGGCAUGAUUAAUCUUCCUCAUUAAGAAAGAUAUUAAAGAGCAGUGAAACUCAAAGGUUGGCACCACUGUUAUGGAUCGACUGUAUUUUCUUAUAGAUGCGUUAUGGGGGCAUUUUUUUCUGCCAGCAACACCCCAUAGGCAGCAAAAAAUCUGCUUCUAAUGCAUCUGCUGGUAUGUGCAACUUAACGAUCACAAACCGCUAAGCUUUUUCUCGUUAGGUCUGCUAACAGUUACUCCCUGUAAGAUAAUGCUUACAUUGCUCUUUGCCUUCAAGAAAAUUUGAGCUUCUGUCACAUAAACCAUAAACCUUUGGCAGAGAAGGACUAUUUAAGCACCCUUUCAUAGUUUUUUUUUUUUUUUUUAAUUACAUUAUUUUGGGAAGUACAUGAAUAAUACAUGCAUAGUUAAAGAGUGGAUCUCCCAAGUUCCUUUGGGUGAAGGCCAGGGAUGCAUAAUGUAUUGGAAUGAUAUCAGUAUCAGCAGAUGAUAUCUGUAUCAGCAGGUGUGAAAAUUCUGUAGUGAUAUGUAAUUAUGUGCACACAAUGUUGAAUUAUAUAGUUUGGCAGAAGUGAUUUUAGGUGUCAGUAACAAACAGUCUGCCUCUUACUGAAUGUCUACAUUGAAAAAAAUACAUGACUUAUCUGAGGUAGAACCAAAUGUCACUUGUCUUUAUUUCUGGUUCUGUCACAAUAAGGUUAGCAGGUUAAAUUCUGUAUCAAGAGAGAAAAAAAUGGACAAAGGGGUGUGUAUGUAUUGGUAUUGAUAUCUGUAUCCACCAAAAUGAGUUUAAAAAUUUCAGCACAACAGAUAUCAGUAAAAAUCCAAUGACUUGCAACCCAUCAAAAACACAGGUCUUUUUUAUUUAUGCAUGAACUUGAACUAAAUAUUGCCAUUUCUUUUUUGGAUGACUUUGCUUAAUGACAGUCGCCAUCUUUGCCAUUCAAUACGAACUUGGUUUAAAAGCAGAAUCAUUAGUGGCAUUGAGAUCACUAAUAUCUUAUUCAUUCUCAUCCCUGGUUGCAGAUAUGUUCACCUGAACAGUACACCAAACAGAAGGCUGGAGGGCAGUGUUGACAGCUAGUCCUUACUUUUUAAAGUACAGCCUUUUAGACAAGUUUUGAUAAGGGUGGAAAUGGUCGAGUAUAUUUUCAUCUUUUAAUGACUGAUGUAAAGGGAAAUCAAACGCUGACACUCCUUCACCACAUAUCUAUCCCUGGCCUGCUUGCUCUUCCCCAUAACCCUCAAACACAAGGCUGGAAUCAUGUCAAGUUGGUGGGGUCUGACCUGGAUCUCCGUAGGGUGUCGUGGAAAAGGCGAGUGGACCUCAUCCCCUCUCGGCACAGCACAGACACAGAGACCAGCUCAGAUGAGGCCCCCCACCUCACCUACACCAAAUCACACCUGACAGGUGAAGAUAACUCCAUCAGAGCAAAAGUUAGACUGACAGGGAGCUAGCAUGCCAGCUAAUUUGCACGGCUAGUCAGUGGCCCAGUGAGCCAACCAGCAUCUGUCUCUGGCUUCAUGACUGAUCCUGUCAGACACACCAAAGUUUGUCUAAUCAUUCCACUUCAGCUUCAGUCCUUGUCUACUUGCCCCUAGUUUGCAACUAUUCCAUCUCUUCUCCAGCCAGCUUCCCACAGAGGAGCCAUGGCAUCAACUGCCCCACCUCCAGUUGAUGAUCGGGGGCAGGCUUUUCCAGGUGCCUGUCUCUAUCUGCGCUCUCUCCAGCCCACUGGGGAGGUAGUGAACUGAAGGAAGCUUGUCUGGUGUUUAAAGGCUUAGUAACUGUGGCUUUGAUUACACAAUGUCUUCUGAAUGAAAUACAGUCUCAUCUUUGCAGGGGAAAUUACAUCUCUCCUUGCAACUGUUAAUUAUUUUUUAAGUAUAUGUUAUUAUCUUCCGUCGCAUCUCUUGAGAUGUUGAGCACUCUAUGAGAACAAGCUUGAUUGAAAUCUACCCAUCAUUAUUACCUAGCAGAGUCCUACAGAGUCUGCACAAGGGAAGCUGUUCAGACAGUUUGAAACCAGUUUCCCAUGGACCAAAGCAGUACCAGCAACUGUUAACCUACAAAAUUAUGAUCCUUACACCCUUAUUUUAAUCACACCGAAAGCUUUGGUUUGGGGACCACAUUUUUCCAACUAUAACUCUUUCUGCAAAAGUUAAAAGUGAUCAACAGAUUUUUGUAGUUUGUCAAUCAUUUUAAGUCUAUAAUUCUUUGUUUUAUGAUAAAUAUAUGUUCAUUUUGGAUCUGAUGCCAGAAUCAUGUUUCAAAAAGCUGGAACAGAAAAAACCAAACAGUAAUAGAUUGUGUGGUCCUAAAUAAACUGCUCAGGGAGCAUCUCCAAACUACUGAGGUUAAUGUCCAACAGGUUAGUCACAUGACUGGGUAUAAAAAGACGUUCAGGGAGGCUGAGUCUCUCAGAGGGAAAAAUAGGAAGAGGUUCACCACUCUGUGAGUGACAACGUGAGCUAACAGUUCAACAGUUUCAGAAUAAUAGUCCCGAGAGUCAAGUGUGAAAGAAUGAGUAGAUUUCAUCAUCUACAGAACAUGAUAUCAUUGAAAGAUUCAGAGAAUCUGAAGAAAUCUCUGUACAAAAGGGACAAGGACCAAAACCAAGUCUGGAUGGUCCUGAUCUUCAGGCCCUCAGGCAGCACUGCAUUAAAAACAGACAGGACUCUGGAGUGGAAACCACUGCAUGGGCUCAAAAUUACUUCUAAAACCAUUGUCAGUGAAGACAGUUCAUCACUGCAUCCACAAAUGGGGUUAGAGCUAAACCGUGCAAAGAGGAAACCAGACAUAAUUCAACAAAUCUUUUGGUGUUGAGUCCAUGUAAGGUGGACUAAGGCAAGUGAAAAUCUAUCCUGUGGUCUGACAAGUCCAUACUUUGCAUUCUUUUUCGAAACCAUGGAUGCCAAAUGUUCUGCUCUGAAGACAGAAAGGACCGUGUGACUUUUAUCAACUCCCAUCAUCCUCCACAUCUGUGAAGGCUCAAUUAAUGCUGAACAUAAUCUACAGGUUUAGGAGCAACAUCUGCUGCCAUCCAGACAAAGACUUUUUCAGGGAAGACCUUCAUAUUUCAGCAAGACAAUGACAAACCACAUACUGACCACAGGAAUUACAACAUCAUGGCUCUGUAGGAGAAGAGUCCUGCUGAGAAACUGUGGUCCUGAUUUGUCACUCAUUAAAAAUAGCUGGUCACUCAUUGCAGCUGAAACAAAACUACAUUUUUUGCCCCGGUCCCAGGUCCGAGCACACUUUUGUUUUUGUGCAGUAUCAUGAAAUUGGUGACUCUAUGACAUCUCUAUAGUAUAUUGUUGUCAGUGAGUAAGAGGAAGAGCUGCUUACAAGACUGAAGUUUUUUGUUCAUAGAUGCUGUCUGUCAUCUUUUCACUUCAUUGGCUCUGUCUUUAAAUCACUGUUGCUCAUUUGAGAGUUAAGUGUUAGAUUUAAACUGAAAAGAAGUCACUUGAUAAUGAAAUCAAAAAGAAGUAAAGGACUCAUGAACCUUGGUGUCUGCAGAUGACACGUUGUAUAGAGUUCCGCAAAGCUAUAACUUUUCUUGCUUGUAGAUGGGGCCAACCUGCCACGUAAACAUGCUGAGCUGUUGCUUUUCUCUGUAACCUUGAAUUUGAAAGGACCCGAACCUGCUGGUGCUUCCUCUGUAGAUUGGCUGAGCCUGGUUUGGGUGCUUGCUGUUGGUUUCAGUGUCUAAUCACUGACUUCUAAAACAGCUGAUUGUUUUCUGUCGUGUACUGUCACUAAACCGUUUCGGCUCCUUCUGUGUCAUUUUACAGAUUACGGCAAUGGGAGGUGGGAACAAAACUUCCUUUUCCCAGGGGGGCCACGCAACUUAUCAGCGUCAUCCUCUCCUAUGUCCACUCUGAGCUCGAACUACAGAGGAGGAGGAGGAGGAGGCACCUACACCACAGAAACAACCACCACCUACAUGAGUGGACCAGGUGAGACAGAUGACCUCAUUUUGAGCUCAUAGCGUUUCCCCAGUCCUGUGUGGCAAUUUAAAGGAUCUUCACUUUUUGUCCGUGUGUGUGUGUGUGUGUGUGUGUGUGUGUGUGUGUGUGUGUGUGUGUGUGUGUGUGUGCCUGCGUGUGUGUGCUUGAGUGUUGUGUGUUGAAUGUGGGUUAGGAGGGUGGGUGGUUUGUACGUAUUUACGUAUGUACGUACGUAUGUAUGUAAGUAUGUAUGUAUGUAUGUAUGUAUGUAUGUAUGUACGUAUGUACGUAUGUAUGUAUGCAUGUAUUUAUGUAUGUAUGUAUGGAUGGAUGGAUGGAUGGAUGGAUGGAUGGAUGGAUGGAUGGAUGGAUGGAAAUUGAAGACAUGGCGGGCCUUGGUCACCAACAUCUUCUGAAGAUUUUCCUUCAAUGUAUUUUUGAGAAAGUCCUUAAGAGACUCUUUUAUUUCCACCUUCCUCUCUUUCUCUCUCUCAAUUUCAAUUUUUUCGAUUUCAAUUUCAAGCUUUAUUGGCAUGAUUGUUGUAACAAUAUUACAAAAGCAUUACAAUUACUCUCUCUCUCUCUCUCUCUCUCUCUCUCUCUUUCCUGAAGGGAGCUCUCGUCGGCAGGACAUCAUCGGAGGAGGUGGACUUCAAACUACAGAAGUCAUCAUGAGGAAGCGCUUGGAGAACAGAGGCUACACAGAUGAAAACAUCCGCGACUCCAUCGUCUUGGGAGAGUUGUCAAGCAAGUUGCAGAGCCCUGGUAAGCUGUAGAGCUCAGAAGUAACUCUGUCUUUCAAGAAAGAUAAGAUAAGAAAGAUUUUACUUUGGAGCUUUGCAGUAUUUAAGAGGCCUCAGCAGGUCAACUGUGAAAUGCAUGAGGCCAAAGGCUUGGACAGCAGGGUUUGGGGCUGUUGGCUGUGCAGCAGGCUUAUCCACACUGACUAUGCAGGAGCUAUGCUGACUAUCCCUGUUUCUCCUCUCCCCCUGGCUUCUCACUGUGCUGCUGUUAUCGCUCCCUGUACCUCUCAUCCCCCUUAAACCUUCCUCCACCUCUUCUUCCUUUCACCCCCUGCAAAACCUGCCAUCAGGUGGUUUUGGCUACACUGGGAUGCAGAGCAGCUCUCAAAGCCAGUUCAGCUACAACCUGUCUCAGAGUCCCAGGUCCAGGAACUUGUCCACAGACGUCAAUGAAGCCCUGUAUAAUCUGGACAGGGUGCUCCAGGGUAAGUCUUCAGCAUGAAAGCAUGAGAGCAAAGGAUGUGUUUGCUGGGUCUGAGGUGUAAUGGAGCCCCCUUCUGUCCUCUUUAGUCCUGCCUUUAAGUUUCUCUCCCUCUCUGAUUAUUUUGCAAAGACUGAUUGAGGUUUCUGUUUCAAACAUGCAAAAUAAGAAAAUAAAAAGUAGAUUAAAUGGUUAACAACAAGGUUAGGAAAAGAGAAAUCAACAAAGUUAUACUCAAUUUAUUUUCUUUGAUGCAAAGUGGAUUGUAGUUCUGGAAAUGAGAAACCCUUUGGGGGAGGCUGGACCCCUGCUGCUACACCAUGAAUUGUCCCUGACAUAUUUAAGUAAGGCCUACAGAGGGAUUUUAAAUGUUUAAACCAACCAGGAUGCAAUCACUCAUGCUGAAUCUGUUUCUUUAUCUAUUUAUCUAUUUCUUAUAUCCCUUUUUAACAUUGAAGCCUUUAGUCAUCCUGGUCCUCACAUUUCUUCAUCAUUUUCUCUUUACUGAAUUUUCAGUUGUAAAGCACUUUCUAACCUGUACCAUAUAAAUCAAGUUUAUUUGUAUUUAUAAUUAUUAUUGAUUAAGCAAUGUGCACCUACAUCACUCCAAGUCCCUCAUAUUGUCUGUUGGUACCCGCUCUGAAGCAGCAACUGAAUGGGGUUCCAGGAACUCAAAUAGCUCAAAGUUCCUGCUAUGCUGGGUCAACAGAGAAGGAAGGGUUCCUUCUGCCCUCAGAACGAUGAGAAAAAGAGCUCCUAACUCUGAUGGACAAUGCUCAAAACCUUUCAUACCCAUAACUUACUGAAGACAUCAAAGUUAGUCAGAAUAGUUUGAAGGUCUGAAUAACCUUUUUUAUCACUUUUCUCUCCAUCUUUUUUUUUAAACGAUCAACUCUGAGUCCCACCCAAAGUGGACCUGUUCAUGAUGAUCAUGUCCAGCAGGGUUUUAAUCUGGUUCCUCUGUGUCAUUCAUCAGAUGCUCGACUCUCACCAGGUGUCCCUGACACCCCCAGCAGACUGGUUUUCUCUGCUCUGGGCCCCACUGCCCUGAAGGUCAGCUGGCAGGAGCCUCACUGUGAGAAAAAUAUCCUGGGCUACAGCGUCCUCUACCAGCUGCUCAACGGAGGUAGAUGACCCCUUCACUCUCUUUUUUUUACCCCCUUACACAGUCUCUGAUAUUUCUUCUGAGCUCUCCUUUAAAUCCUGAACUGUCAUCUGUAAAGACUGUACUAACACUAAAUGCUGAGGUUUAACGUCUUGUGUCCUCUCUUUCAGGUGAGGCGAAGCGUAUUAAUGUGACAAACCCUGCAGAGAACUCUGUGAUCAUCCAGGACCUGCUGCCAAACCACUCCUACCUGUUUAAGGUGAAGGCUCAGAGCCAGGAGGGCUGGGGCCCAGAAAGGGAGGGAGUCAUCACCAUUGAGUCUGCCGUGGACCCAAAGAGUCCCCUCAGCCCUAUGCCAGGUACAGACUCUGGUGAUUCUGCUGUCACAGCACCUGGGAUUAACCCACAGGACAAUGACCAUGCACUGUCAGAAGUUUUGCAUGUCCUCUCUCACUCUGAGUUUGUCACAUUUCACUGCAGGCUCUCCGUUCACUCUGAGUAACCCCAGCGCCCCAGGCCCCCUGGUCUUUACCGCCCUGAGUCCUGACUCCCUGCAGCUCAGCUGGGAGAAACCCCGUAAACCAAAUGGAGACAUCCUGGGAUAUGUAGUCACCUGUGAGCAGCUGCAUGGAGGAGGUACAGUGUGGUUUCUUUCUUGUUUAAUGUUUUUCACUGGGUGAGCACAUCUUUGUCGUGACACAGUGUUGAUUUCUACCCCCUGUUUCUGGUUUCUUUCAGGAGACCUACGGUCCUUCAAGGUAAAUGGAGACAGUGCAGAGACAAGUCUGACUGUGCCCAACCUGACGGAGAACGUUCCCUACAAAUUUAAAGUCCAGGCUCAGACCACACAGGGCUUUGGUCCUGAGAGGGAGGGCAUCAUCACCAUUGAAUCUCCAGAUCGAGGUAAGAUGGAUCCAAACUCAAAAGGAAAAUUAGCCUUAUAUCUCCAAAAGUUCCCACUGAGAAUCAUCUUUUCAGCUUCCUUUGAUAUUUACUCCGUGAAGCUAAUGUGGAAAAAUGCAAAAUGAUAAACUUUUAGUGUUUCAUAAAUUGUUUGAUUUUUUUCAACACAAACGGGAGGGAAAUCUUUAGCCGAUGGGAAACAUUGGUUGAUUUAUUGUUUUGAUAAUACCAGUGUUGGCCACAAGAGGUUUGAGCACGCAACUAUUCCAUGUUCCAAAUUAUUAUCAGGACUGCACAAAAUAGGAAAAAUUUUACACUGUGAUUUAUUUAUUUAUUUUUUCUUCUGUGAUGUUUGCACAAUAUGAGAAAAAACAGGAUAUUAACCACAUUAAUGGAGUUUUUGGGACAUAUAUUGGUAAGAUAAACAAGAUAACUUGUGGUUUUAAGCCUGUUUUCCUCCUACAAAACAAAAGGUCCCACAUAUUUUUAUCAAACUUCACCUGCAAAUCUGACACCAGAUCUGCAGAAAAUGAAAAAACAAAGUGCAGUAAUAUUGUUGAGUAUAAGUUUGAUAUCAAUAAGUAUGGAAAACAAAUAUUUUCCCAUUGUCUGUGGGCUGUUCUUGAUAUUUUACUUAUUUUCUAAGUUGGCAACAUGAUCAUGAAUCAGGAGGCUCACAGAAAGUCUUUGUUUCAUCACUAACUGAUCUGGGAGGUUAGCUAACAGCUGACCAAGGCUGACUGAAUCAAAGCAGUAUAAAAACAUAUCAACAAUACCCAGACAUUUAGCUGACAGGUAAAGUGUACUAAAAGAGAAAAAAACAAGUUGCAUUUUGAUUAAAAAAUAUAUAAAAACGUUAAAGAAACUCACAUCAAGAAAUGUGAUUUUUGUGCAGCACUGUCCAGUAAAAACUCUGUAAAAACAUGGGUAUCCAAAGAAAGGACAUGACAGAUAACAUUCAUAACUUAUGAGACACUGUGAGAGCCACCAAUGAGAGACUGCCAGUUAUGUGUGGGUGGAGUCUACCUCUAUUGUUUUGUUACUCUGAAUGUCAGAGUGUUAGCACCAUGAUAAAAUUGUUAAAUCAACCAUGUCCUCCAGGAUGUUUUUUUUCUUUGAAGUGAUCUUUGUGUUUCUCUCCUCUCUUCCCCUGCACAGGUCCAAUGUCUCCGUACAACAUGCAAAUGAUGCAGAUGGAGGAAAUUUCCCAAAUGCCCCUACGAACCAAUGAUUCAAUGCUGGACUCCUUCUUCUCAGGUACAAAAGCAGCAUCUCUUCAUUUAUCAUUUCUCUCACAGUUUUGAUGGAAAUAACAUUUUAUGUCACCACCCAAAACUCUUGUUUAACAGACGGGAUGAUGAUGACCACACAGCGCACAGAGACCAGUGGCAUGAUGACCCGUCAAGUCACAAAAGAAGUGGUUCAGAAAAGUGUCACUGGAGGAGCCACUUUCACAAAGAAGAUGUUUUAUGACUCUUAAACAGAAAAACACGAUCAAUAUUGAACCAAAAUCAUGACAUGAAAUCAAAUCUGAAAUCCUCUGGUUCACAAUCACUGCAUGUUUUUAUAUGAGAGAUUCUGCAACCAAAAGAUCAUUGGAGGGAGAGAGUAGGGCUAUGUCCUAUCUGUUACAAACUGUGGCUCUGCACAAACACUAAGUAUAUUUUCAUGCAUUUUAAUGUUGCUUUUGUUGUUUUUCACUCCACUAAGUAAAUACCCGCUAUCUGACUCUGCACCCUCUGCUGGUUUAAGUCUAGAAACACACCCAGGAUUUAAGUCAGGUCUGCACAGACCAGUAAUCUGUAUGCGAUUAGUGAUCUAAAGUGACCUUAUCCAUUGUCUCCCAUCCUCCACCUGUCCUUAAGAGACACCUGUCUGUCUGUCUCUGUGUGUGAUGACUUUCAUUGUUUUACGUCUAACCAGCAGGAGAUCCUGGCUCCAGAUCUCUGAGUAUGUUAUAAUAAGAUGCACCAUUUCCAGGCAUGUUUGUCAUCUCAGGCGACCAAUAUUAUAAAAGAGGUGUAUUUCGGAGUUUUGUUCAGUUUUGUACCAUAUGAAAGUGUUUCAGCAUAUUUAAUCCUUUGUAAGAUAAUUAUUACUUUAUCAGACUGACAUUAGAUCUGAUGCCAAAUAAAGAGCUAACAAGGAAAAGGCAUGUAUUUACGGAUGAAAACUCUAUAAGAUGUGAGCUGUUCUACAUGGUUUUAUACUCAAAAAUCUGCUUAAGUGGAUCAUUCCUGUUUGCUCACUGUGCAUGUUGAUGUACUCAUUAAUGAGAUCUUUGUGUUUUAGAGAAAUAGUAACGAAGACAGAAAGAUUGUAUUUGUUUUCAUGCGAGCUCUACUGUAUUUUGGCUUUUCUUGUUCUUUUAAAACUUAUCCUGAGUAGAUAUUUCUUUUAAAAAAUCAAAAAAGGUUGAGUGGGUGAACUUCACACCAAAAUCACACCCAGUUGAGGAUUCUUGUACUUCUGAUAAACAUUUAUCAUUUACUUUUUUCUUGCAGUUUCUUUUUAUGUUGUUGUUUGUCAAUUCUGUUGCACUUAAUAAAGAUUUGAAAGAACACAUUUGUGAUUCCUUCAGUUCAUGUGAGUGGACACUUUAAAGGUUUUUAUUGAAGCUGUUUGACAUUGAUAUCUGAAUGUUUCACAUGAGAACAAAAACUUCUGCUGUAGUGAGCUCAUGGCAGACAAAUGUUUGCAGGAAACUUGAGAUAGAGAAGCUCAUAGAAAGAGAAAAUCUUGACAUGCUCUAACCCUGGGAGUUCAUUUCUGCAGGUUCUUGCACAGAGGCUCAUUCAUUUACAGUGUCUUCAUGCUUUUAUAUCAUAGGCAUUUCAGAACUCAACUAGUUUGAAAAAGAUCCAAUUGUCACCUUUGUGGCAUAAAAAGUUGCACGUUUUUCAAACUAUUAUAUUAUCUUUCAUCCUUUGACCUCUAAACUUUGUUUUUGAGACACUGUUAUGAGUUUCUAAGAUUCAAAUCUUGUACAAAAUCCCUUACAGCAAUAUCUUUAAAUGUUUCACCAAUGCUUGAUGCCAUUACCAGUCAAUUAUAUCCUAACUGUGGAGACAAGCUGGUCCUUCGCUUGAAUUACACUAUGCUGACUCUAAUCAACCUAGCUGAUAGAGGGACUCACUGACUGACAACUCAGCGCUUUUCAAAAUGCACACAUCACAUAUACAAAAAAAUCACAAUGGGUAAAACGCCUGCAACAUGCCAGAAUGUCAGUAUAACAUUUUUCAAGGUGCUUAUAUUUAGUAUCAUUGCAUCCAGAUUAGCACAUAAUCAUCUGAAAAGUUCACAGCCAUUAUCUACCAACAUGUCAUAAUGGCAGAGAAGUUUAUUCAGGUCCAAC